CCACAGGUAAAAUGACGACAAAUCUACUGUGUAUUCGCUUUUUAUUACUAAAUAAUAUCUUUUUUCUGUUUUGACACAAAAGAAGUUGUAAUUAUUUUUCGCUGAGUUUGUAUUAGUACUUAUUAUCUUAAUUUUGGAUGAGGAUGGAAAGACAUAAUCAUGAUCUUUAUAUGGAGUAUAGUGCAUAAGCUUUUGUGUCUUAAAUUUCUCGAUUUGUUAGAGAAAAACUUUUAUAUGAACUUUUAACGACAUGUUUUCGUUAGUUCAAAACAUAAAAUGGAGUCUAUGAUAUUGUGAAAUACAACAAAAACAUUUAUUUCCGUUGUUCUGUUUAUAUAAUUUUUUUUAUAAUUUAAUUUUUUAAAGACAUAUCAUGUAGAACUAUACUAUUCAUGGACUGUUAGUAUGUGUAGCGUUAAUAGGUUCCGACAUGCUUAUUUAUUGUUCUUGGCUGCAUGUAGUAUAUGCGAUUAUUAUUUAUAUUGAUAUAACAAAUUCUUCAAUUAUUCGUAUACGAUCUGUUGGAAAACCCGAAUUUCGACCGCCUCGAAAAAAUUGUUUAGACUUUUGUGUUUUUACAAAUUGUAACCGUGGACAUUGCGUCUUGGAUAGUCGUACAUGUUUUGCAAGCUGUGUCUGUCCUGUGAAUACUACUGGAAGAUGGUGUGACAUCGAAAUAGAUGACAUAAAAAAUCAUACUAGGGCAAGUGAUCAUUUCAUGCCUCGCCGUCGCCAUACUACUACAAAACAAGAUGACAGAGUUCCGAACAGCUCUUUCACGGAUCAGUUAUUUGUACCAGUAACCGAUCCAAACCGAUACAACGAAACAUCUGAAGGAAAUGCAACAAUUCAUAACAAUCCCGAAAACUUUCAAAGUCGACAAACGUUAUGGAAUGAAUGUCGCAAUACUUGCCAAAAUGGAGGGAAAUGUGUUGAAAGUUACAUAGACAGUUAUAAUUACACUUGCUCUGAUUUAAAUUCCGAUUGUGGUGGAAACUUAAAUUGUGAACGGGGUGUGUGCAUAAUAACUAAAUCAGUACGGAACAGUUAUUUUUGUCUUUGUGAAUUUGGCUAUACUGGUUUCUUUUGUAAUGAAAAAUGUACGAGAGAUUGUGGGGUGCAUGGGAGCUGUAAAAUAAUUAAAAAAAUAAAUGGCACCUCUAUAUCUAAAUGCAAGUGCGAUUCUGAUUUCGCUGGACCCUACUGUACAACCAAAAUAGUUGCUCCAAAUGAAGACGAAAUACUGUACCACUGGUACGUGACUGGGGUGUGUGUUGCCAUAGGUUCGCUCCUUAUUGGCCUGAUGAUUAUAUUACCUUACUGUAUUUGGAAAAAGAGAAGACUGUUUGUUAUGAAGAUUUUACAUUAUUUUCAACAUUACGAAGAUGAUGAUGGGAAAAGUUAUGACGCUUUCAUCUCAUAUAAGUCUUCUAAGACAGAUCAAGAUUUCGUAUUGAAACAGUUGUAUCCGAAACUAGAGCUGGACAUGGGAUAUAAGCUUUGUCUGCACUUCAGGGACUUUACUCCAGGAGAUGUAAUUGCAAACAAUAUCAUCAGAGCUGUUGAAGAUAGCAGGAGAACAAUCAUGAUUAUAUCAAAGAGUUAUAUUGAGAGUGAAUGGUGUCGACUUGAAUAUCAGAAAGCACAACAUGAAAUGUUAAAAAUGAAACAUAGAAUAAUUCCAGUUAUACUUGAGGAAAUAUCGAACUUGAAAGUUGACAAGAACUUAAAGGCUAUAUUAAAUAGUGUUACGUACAUUGAAUGGCCAGGUGAAUCUGAUUCCAAAAAGCUAGAAAAGUUCUGGAAGCAACUAAGGCUUUCAAUGCCUAAAAAGCAAACAAGUUCUUCCUCCGAACACAUAAGUUCAAUAAGUUCUUCAGAGAGUAAGUCAACAGAUAUUUCAUCAUGUAGUGAUAGUAUUUCAUCGAGCUACAACAGCCAUAUCUCGAUUCAACCGUGUGACUCGGUCAGCUCCGAUGAUUACUUGUCGCAUCAUCAAAGCUCAAAACGAAUCCGGACGUUACUACGAAAUCCGUUCCGAUUAAAUAUCUCCUCGGAUAAUUUUAAAAAACUCAAUCGUGCUUGCUCAAGUGACUCUGGUAUAUCUAGUCCUGUGACACCUAGUCCAUCUUCCGUUUCGCCAUUGAUUAAUAAAGAUUUGAAUCCUUUAUUACCUCGUAAACAUGUGGAUAUUCGACACAAUAAUUCAAAAGGCUUAAUAAAAAAGCAACAUUUACAAAAUCAACUGAAUGAAAAGGGCAACAGUUUAAAUUUGCUUCAAGAAAACCAUUUUGUUACUGGAUCGACGCAGAUACAUUCGAUACCGGAUGUGUGCAGAACUUCUAGUGAGAGGAGAAAGAAGUCGAACGGCUUCAAUAUUGUUGUGUCAGAAAAUGGCGGCUUGUCGACGCAUUAUGGGAGUAUACACAAUGUUAAUAGUUGUCAGACAUGUAUUUUGAAUGAAGAAGUAAGCAACGAAUUUCUAGAACAAGAACCUUCGAAAUGCCAUACUCAAUGUACUACAUGUAUUCUAAAUAGUGAUGAUAUCAAUGAAAACAUUAGACAGCCAGUGUCAUACGAGAGUGGACGAAUCGCUGAGGUAGCCACGGAGAAAGUUCUUAAUACUUCAUCUUUCACCGAAAGAACAAAAACACUUUGAGGACGAAUUUGCUCAAGACAAUUUUUUUCACAAAAGCUCAGAUUUAAUGUGAUUAAUGAUUAAUGGAAAUUAAUGUGAGUCAACUGUUAGAUACUGAAUCUGAUGAAAUCAGACAGUACACAAUAUAUAGGGCGACAUAAGCUGCACCCAAAAGUCCCAUAGCGCAAUUAUAUAUAAAACUUGUUUUAAAGGAGUAAGAAUCGAAGUUCUGCUGCAGGCAGCACACCGUUUACAUGGUCCGUUGACAAUCUUUACUCAGUUUAUCGUAUGCUUUAGGUUUUAUGGAAACAGAAGAGUGCAUUUUCCAUUACAAUACUUGUAUCUACAUUUAAUAAUGAUGAUUUCCAUUUUUUAUUUGAAUAAGCAUUCAACUAUUUUCUCUUCAAAAGAAUGCAUUCAUACACGUUUUUACUUCAUUUAUUUUCAACUUUAUAAACUCAAAUUAAUAGAUAGAAUAUAAAUUCUAAUCCUUUUUUCCGAGAGCUUUAUAUUGUUAUAUUUGUACUCACAUAAGUGUGUUUGUGUAUGUGGGUUUUUUGUGUGUGUUUUUGUGUGUUUAUGAGAGAGAGAUGUUUGACUGUCAUUAUUGUAUCGAUACAAAUGUACAUAAACAUUAUAUUUCAAAUGCAACUCGUAUAUUUUAAUGAUUUAUA